GUCCCGACUGCAACGACAUCCCGGAAUGGCCGGAUCAAGAGCUCCUCAGCAUCGGCGGUCAUGGUAUCCAGCCCACGGAGAGAAAGUGAUAACCAACGGGAGAAGAUUUGUAUGUCAAACAAAUUUGAGGCAAAGUUGGAGUUUCGUGACAGUUGAAAUCCCAAGGGAAGGGAAGCGUGGGGGAGCCGGCUUUCAGAGACUCAAGACAAUGGGGCCUGGCUGAGACAGAAGAAGGAACACCUGUGCAAUGCAACAGGGCUCAUGAUGGUCCCGACAUGAGGGCGUCGAGGACAACAAAAGCAAGUCGGCACGCGCUAUUCCAUGUAAGUAUCGGCCGACAACGACUUCCGAGGGACGGAUUAGAGUAAUAUCACACUUACCAUCACACGCGUGGGGCAGAUGUGGGCGAUGUUUGUAUGACGAAUGAGCAAGGCGCAACGGCCCACGGCUCUCUGGUGGUGGUUGUGCGCCCCGGUCCGCAACCAGGCUUUUUUUUGCUAUCUUGACCAGAACCAAAGUGGACCCUUCGCUAUAACGUCCGGGUCUGGCGCGGUGUUGCACAAGACCAUGCGCGUUGCUUCUUCUUUGGGUCGUGUCGAGAUGAGAGGUGGUCUUGGCCGACAUCGAUGCCAAGACCACGUGUUGGACCGUCUGGCUCUAAAUCAACGUCGACCAUCCACUUCAAACACGGCAUUAAUCCACACCACACACGCGCUGACAAACUGCGACCCUCUUUCUUCAAGUCAUUGAUGAUUGGGGUCGGGAUGCGACCUCCACCCUCUUCACCUCCUGGCCGCCACCCCACACACCAACAGAACCACCGCAAACCUGGACUGCGACGCAGCGACGGUGAUCAUAGCGGAUCAGAGACAUCAUGCCAGACCACCCUGUCGGUCCCGGAUGGGACACAUUCUGUUCAAACAUACCUGGGGCAUCCUGAUAUUUGAGACACUCUCUGUCGGUGUGAGACUGCUGUCGUCCUGCAGACAGCUACACAACCACCUCCUCUGCUCUGCCGUCAUGACAAGAUGUAGGACUGCGGCUGGAGUGUCAGCAUAUCAUCGCACGACAUACGACAUGGUAUUUUGAGGUGGAAACAUGAAGGUAACUUGACUUUCUACCCCUGCUCGCUCCUGCAUCAGGCACCCUUGAGGCUUACAAAACGAGCCACUAUCGAUCUCUACCUUCCCUUCGUUUAGCCCAGGGGCCGGGGCCCGCCCCCUCGGGUGCUUGCGGCAUCGGAUUUGGGGGUGGUUGCAUCCCCACGCAGCAAAAUAAGUUGCUCUUGCCCCUCAAUCCUGGACUAUAACCACGUGGAGGGACCCUUCCCCGUUCCAUGCCUUGCAUGGACCAAAUCUCUGUUCUCUUUAAUCAUCCUCUUGUUUUUGACGGUGACUGCACGGCGGCAGAUAUCGCCAUCAUGGGCUAUGUUGCCGAUCUCAAAGAUGGUCUCCGGGCCUUCACCCCACAAGAACGCCGCAACAUCGCCAUCUACAUUGCCGGCAUUAUGAUCUACAAGUUCGGGCUCGAGGCCUUCAACGGUUCAGUAGUAGCGUUGGCCACCAAUCGAUACGACUACGAAUCAAUACAGAGUGGACGGCCAAGCCGAACCUUCGAGCGUGUCGGUCUUCUGACGGGGUUGAAUCAGGCUUGCCAAUGUAUUGGUAGUAUUCUCAUCGGUCCAUUGGUGAAGAGAUACCCGACCAAGAAUGUCCUUGCCUGCGCUGUGUUAGUGUUUGGACUUUGCUCGGCGUUGCUCCUCAUCAUCGACGCUGCAACGGGUGGAACUUUUAUGCCAGCUGCUUACCGAGAGAACCACCCUAAAAAUGACUGGUCAUACUACGGAGACUACAACACCGAUGCCAUGAUCCCAGUCUACUGCAUCAGUGGUAUUGCCUAUGGCAUGGUGGAACUGAUCCGAAGAGUCAUCCCAAGAGAUAUCGUCGGCGGCCAUGUGCAAAAGCUGAGAAAGAUGGACUCCAUUGUCCACAUCUUCUACGAAAUCACAGGUACAGCAGGUGCCUUUAUCACAGCACUCGUCAUUAUCCCUCAACUCGGCAACAACAAGGCAUUCAUUGUCACACCCGUCUGCUUCACAUUUUGCGCCACCAUUUGGUUCUUCAUCAGUGAGCUGGAUUUCAAGCGGCGAAAGUCGACCCUCCACCAACACGAGAAGCCGGCCUACUGGAAGGCGGCAUUCCGUGGCCUGUUUCUGUUCGGCGAGUCUAUCUGGGUCGGCGGCAGAAUCCUCUUCACCUCGCGGAAGUUCAUCUGGUUGGUCCCAGGCUAUGCCGUCGCUCUUUACGCACAUCGAUAUCUCGAGAACGGCAUCGCACCCCAGGUUGCUAGACGCUAUCUCGGGCACUCGGCCUGGUCGCAGAUUAUGGUCGGCGGUUCCAACUUGGGUGAACUGUUGGGUGCGUUGGCUGUGUUGCUCCUUACGAAUACCAUCCAGACACCCAUGCCAUGGCUUCGAUUGGACGCCAUCAUGUUGUUGAUCGUCUGGUACAUCCCGUUCUGGAGGCCACCGGUCGAUGAUGUUGGGCAGGCAUGGAUCGUGGCGGCGACGUUUGCCCCCAUCUCGUUUGGCUGGGCAGCUGGUGAUGUGUCGCUUGCUGCGUAUAUCCAGGCGUCCCUCUCUCGGCUAGAGUCCAAGAACAAGAACGUCUCAGCCCUCGGCGCCGUCAUGGCGUUCUUGUACUCGUUCUAUAUCGUCACAUACGCCGUCUCGGGCACCUUGCUUGGGCGGUAUCUAGAUCGAGUGUACAAUGAGUCCGGAGGGACAGACGGGGGUAACAUUCGUGAGGGGCUGAUGUUCACUGCUGGUAUGCAGAUGACAAUCAUCAGUGUCUUGGUGUUCGCGGCGACAUUUGUCCCCAAGGGAGCACUGGCGUUCAACCCAAAGAUGAUCUCGGAGGAGAAGCUGGAUGAGGAUGAGCCGGUGGAGUUGAAGGGGCGAAGGGAUCAGGAGGAGAUUCCUGAUGUGCCUGUUUUCAAGGAAAGCUCCAAGAAGAGUUACUGUACUAGCGAUGAUGGGUCGGAGCCGCAUAUUGAGAAGAAGGCGAGCGAAAUUAUUUGAUGCCCAGUUUGAUUAUCGGUAGGCACGAGGAGGUGUUGAUAGAUGGUAAUUCGUAAUGAAAAGAAUUCUCUGUGAAGUCGGAAACAAUUGAUCAACAAG